AUGAGCAAGAGAGCAGCUCCAUCAUUAUCUAAUAGUAGUACAAACAAUUCUUCUCAACCUCAACAAAAGAAACAAAAAAAAUCACCAAACGAAUAUCGGGAACAAGAUAAACAAUACAAAUAUGAACAAUCUGUAAGAUACUCUUUGGAUUUCAACAAUCCAGAUUGUCCCAUGAUUCCUUGGUACGAUUGGAACGAAUGGUUAUUUGUGAAACGAUAUUUAUUUGAUAAACCUGCCAUUGAAAUGCCAGAAUUAUCAGAACGAGCGAUGGAAAUAUUAGGAAUGUGGAAAAACAAGUUUAAAAUCCAAACUUCAACAAUUGUGGAAGCCAGUUAUUUGUUUUUAGAAGGACUUCGAUUAGAUUCUCAAAUUUCUGUUCUUAGUUCUCAAAACCAUGCACUGAGUGUAAAUGUUAAAUCUAUUCAAGAGCAAGCAUUGAGCAAUGCAAUUGUUAGAUUUGUAAAUUUAUUUAGCAAGGAUGGAAAAACAAAACAAGCGUCAACUCUUGCUAUUGGAUCGAGGCAAGCAGAUUGUCCCAAGAUGCUCGUUGAUGUCAGAAAUGAAAUUUCUCACCGAAAAUUUCCCUCUAUUGAAAUUUUACGAAAUUGUGCCAAACUUGCAUUGAAGUGGAUAAAACAGAGAUAUUGGGACAAACAAGAGGAACAUUUAAUCAAUUAUCAAAAAGAAUGGAUUCAAAAUUCUAAUCAAUAUAUCAUACUUUUUAAGCAGAGAAUGGAGUUGCCACAAGUCGAAGAUGCGUUUGAUAAAAAAGAAAAACAACGAAGGAAAGAAAGAAUUGAUUUGGCAACUCGAGAAAUUGAAAAAGUUGAGGAAAAGCUAAUUUCACAAUCUAAAGGACCUUGUUGUUCCUUUGUAAUUCAAACAUUUCUGUUGCAUGUACUGACCGCGCCGCAAUACAACACUCGAAAAUCUUCCCCAGAUAUGGUCGUGAACAAAGUACGAUUUCUUUUGGAUUUUCUAGAUUCACGACUAGACUUUAUCACAGGCUUGAUUAGAAACAUUUUUAUUAUUGUCCGUGAUUUUGAAAUUUAUUCCUCCAAGUAUAAUAUUGAGAAAUAUCCCAUGAUCGUAGUUGGCAGUGUAGUUUCAUUUGAAACGAUUGAACUGGCUUUUGACUAUUUUGAUUCUCUUCUGCGGAUGUUGAUUAGGAAAUCUAAGGAACGAGCGUUGGCAACAUGUCAGUGGAUUUCUGAACAAGUGGAAUUAUCUAAGAGUUCUGAAUUGCUUGAAGUUUUCUUAACGACAAUUCACAAACAUUUGAAAGAGGAAGUGGUGUCUGCGUCUCCUCCUGUGCUUGGUGUUGGUACCUCUGAUACUGUUCUGUUCCAUGAAUUGUUAAAAAUUGGGGAUAUUGCUUCAAAUACAAUCUGA